AUGAGCUUCGCAACGUCAACACGCACGGCUGCGAGCCGGACACCCCUGUUGCGCCGCAGCCUCGCCACCGCAGCAGGCACAUCGAAUCCGAUUCGACCACUCAUCGCUUCGCUCGCACCUCGAUCCCGGUACCCAGCCAAGGCGCCUGAACUCACAGUCGAUCAUCUCGUCGUCGGGGGCGGCGUCGUCGGUCUCUCGAUCGCAUCGGCGCUCGCUGCACGUUGGCCAGAAAAGACGACCUACCUCGUCGAGCGCAACAAGUCUUUUGGCGAAGAGACGAGCUCGCGCAACAGCGAGGUGAUCCACGCCGGUCUCUACUACCCUGUCGACUCGCUCAAGACUCGCCUCUGUCUACGCGGGCGCGAGCUCAUGUACCAGCGAUGCCAGGAGCAGUCGAUCCCUCACAAGCAGACCAAAAAGCUCGUCGUCGGCGCCGACUUCUCGAAAGGCUACCUGGAAAAGCUGCAGUCGCAUUGCGAUGAGCUUGGACCGCUCGCACCGCCGACACGGCUGAUCACGGGCCAGGAAGCGAGAGAGCUCGAGCCGAAUCUGUCCGAUAACAUCGCCUGGGCUCUGCUAUCUGAGCGUACUGGCAUCGUCAGCAGCCACGAGCUCAUGGCCAGUCUCGAACGCGACUUGCUCGAAGCAGACAACGCCGAGAUCGUCUACGACACCAAAUUGGUCCGCGUGGACCCCAAUGAGCCCGAUCGCAGCGCUGUCAACUCGAAACGUGGAGGCGAUGGUUCGCAAGACGGGUGGAUCGUACAGACUGUCACAUCCGAGUCGAGCUCCUCUUCAAGCGAUGCCGAUGCGCUACUUGCCAAAGUCGUCAUCAACACGUCCGGACUCAACGCUCCGAUAGUGCUGAACUCGCUGCUCUCAGACCUUGGUGGGACGCAGGAAGACGCCAUCCCAAUGUGGCACUCCAAAGGCAACUACGCCUCGUACAAGGGCAAAGGCGCCACGGGCAUCCAGCACCUCAUCUACCCCUGCCCAGACACACGGAACAAGGGCACCCACGCACAUACCUCCCUCGGCACCCACCUGACACUUGAUCUGGAUGGCAAUAUUCGCUUUGGACCCGAUACGGAAUGGAUCUCCCCUCCUACCUCUGAGAAAGACGCAGUCGACUUUUGGAAGCGAGCCCUGGUCGUCGACGAUUCUCGUAUCGAAACUAUGUACGACUCGAUCACCGAGUACCUGCCGAACAUUGACAAGGCGGGUCUAGCGCCCGACUACGCGGGGAUCCGACCCAAACUCAUCGGUCCAGAUACGAAGGCGUUUAUGGACUUCCAGUUCCUCUGGCACAACUCGACCGGUUUGGCUGGGCAGAAGCUCUGGCAGCGUGCACCCGGGCUGCCUGCACCAAGCACGAGCUGCAUUUCCAAGGCCAAGGAGAGCGUGGACAAGGCGGAAGGUGGAGCGAUGAUCAGCCUGCUAGGCAUCGAAAGUCCAGGGCUGACUUCGAGCCUGGCAAUCGGGGAGAUGGUCAGGGAGAUGAUCGCCAAGCACUUUUACAACGAACAUCCCACCCGCCAAGCAAGCUCGAAUAAGGGCGCGAGGAACGAGGACCAUGCUCAUCGGCUAGACGCGUGGGCGUAG